CGCUCUUACCGCAGCACAAAACCCGACAUUAGGGCUCAGUAGAACCUCCGGAACUGAAAAGACGACAACUUUAUCAUCUAGUCCAAUGGCGGAUUCAACGCCAGCGCCGGAAACAACCGCGGCGGCCGCCAGCCACACUUCCGAUGUCCAUCAGCCUGAACCAGAAUCUCGACCCCCCCAACCCGAUCCAUCUUCCACAUCGCUUCCCCCAUUUCCAAACCCUACCCCUAGCGGCCCUCUCCCUCCUCCUCUACCGGCGAUGCAGCCUUCCUUCCGCCCUGCUGGCGCUCUAUUUCCAUUGCCUACCGGCGCCGCUGCCCCGCAAUUCUCACAUGUUCCGUAUCAAGCUCCUGCCUUUCCACCUCCGGGAGUGGUACCGGCUCCUGCGCCUCCUUACGUCAUGGCCGGUCAGCCUAUGAGAUACGGGCCACCUAUGUCGAAUGGCUACCCUGGUAUGCCCCACCAAGGUGCAAUGCCUCCCGGGGUACCUCAUUAUCCUUCUCCUUAUGCACAAAUGCUUCGGCCAGCAUUUCCUUCGCGUCCUUUGGUUGGUGUUAUGCCACCAUUGGCACGCCCUCCAGUUAUUGGAAUUCGUGGUCCAAUUGUUCCUCCUGUUGUUAGACCCAUUACACCAAAUGCCACAUCUGCAGAGGAUCCACAGACGACUGUUUAUGUUGGGAAGAUAUCAUCAACCGUGGAAAAUGAUUUCAUGCUGUCUCUCCUGCAGCUCUGUGGGCCUGUAAAGAAUUGGAAACGCCCACAAGACCCCACCGGAACUUUAAAAGGUUUUGGAUUUUGUGAAUUUGAGUCUGCUGAAGGAGUUCUUCGGGCAUUGCGACUACUUAAUAAGCUAAGAGUUGAUGGACAGGAGUUGUUGUUAAAUGUUAAUCAAACAACUCGGAAAUAUCUUGAGCGUUAUGUAGACAAAAAGAUCGAAGGUUCUAAGGCCAAGGAAUCUGCAACUGAUGGUUCUGACAAAGAGGAAGAAAGAGAGUCGAGCAUUGAUACUGAAAAAAUUGUUAAGUCGACUGAAGAGUCUCUAAAGCCUUCAUCAGAUGAACCAAAAAAGGAUAACAGUGAGAUGAAUAAGGAAAAUCCUGAUGCUGGCAGUUUUGGCCUUGUAACUGAUGAAGACAGGGAUGCAGAUCGUGAUGCUUCUGAGAAGCUCACAGGUAUGAUAGAGGAACGGCUUAAGAACAAACCACUUCCUCCUCCACCCCCAUCCCCACAAACACUUAUUGAUGGACCUGGAAAGUCAAACUCGGAGCAACCUUCUGGGUCAAAGGAUAGGGAAUCAGAAGAUGGGGUGAAAAACGACACAGAAGACAAAAAUGAGGAUGAUAAGACUGCUGAGAGCAAACCGUCUAGUGAACCUGAUAGAGCUGGAACAGGUUCUCCCGAUAGGAGCAGAAGACAUGAUAGGAUCAGGGAUCGAGACCGUGACCCAAGACGAGAAAGAGAAAGGGAACUUGAAAGAUACGAGAGAGAGCGGGAGCAUGACCGAGCAAAGAGGGAGAAAGAUAGAGAAAAUAGGAGUCGCGAAGAUGAACGGAGGUAUAAAGCGCGUGAAAAAGAGUGGGAGUCGAGAGAAAAAGAGAAGGAGCAUUGGCGGAAGAGAGAGCGAGAAAGAGAGAAAGAUAGGGCUUAUGAAAGGAAAUGGGAAGUUAUGGACCAAGAACGUGAUGGUGAUGAUGGAUAUGGAAAGAAGAGGAAAUACAAGGUAAGUGAUGAAGAGAGGAAAAGAAGACAGAGGGAGAAGGAAGAGGACCUGGCUGACAGAGUGAGAGAGGAGGAAGAAAUUGCAGAAGCUAAAUUAAGAGCUGAAGAAGAACAGAAGAAACAGCUGGAGGCUCAGAAAGCAGAAAGUAUUCCACCAGCUAAUGGAUUUGAGAAAGCUAUCUUGCCAAAUGAAAUUGAUACUGAAAACCAGGGUAAGGCUGAUCAGACCGUUGAGCUCAAACCAAGUCCCGAGACUUAUGAAGUUACAGCUGAAGGGAUUCUGCAGAAUGGCACCAGGGAUUUAUCUAAUUCUGCUUCAGACAUUCGGCAAAAUAACAAUGCGCCAACAAAAAAGUUGGGGUUCGGGCUUUCAGGGUCGGGAAAGCGAGCUACUGUACCUUCAUUUUUUAACGAGGACGAGGAUGAGGAUGCACACAAGGAAAAGAAGAUGAGACCUCUAGUCCCAAUUGAUUACUCAACUGAGGAACAGGAAGCUAUUCAAUCUUCCAUGUCUGAAGCCCCAUCAUCUAAUAUGGCUGCCGCAGCAGAAUUUGUGAAGCGUAUUUCAACUGUUAAUCCAAGAGAACUUGAUGGAGAAAAAGACAAAAGUAGGCGUUCUCAUGAGAGAUCUGGCCAGCGUGACCGUGAUAGACAUGAGGAAGAGAACAAUAGCAUCCGUGAGGAGAGCAGAAGAGAUCAUUUUGAAAGAGAAAGAUCAAAUAAAACAAAGACCCCAGAAAACCAGAAGCUUCUGGAUGCUAAGCAGUUGAUUGACACUAUCCCAAAGACCAAAGAUGAGCUGUUCUCCUAUGAGAUCAACUGGGCGAUCUAUGAUCAGAAUGUGCUGCAUGAAAGAAUGAGACCAUGGGUGUCAAAGAAGAUAACAGACUUUUUGGGUGAGGAAGAGGUCACACUUGUGGACUAUAUUGUUUCUAGCACUCAGGAGCAUGUAGAGGCAGGUGAGAUGCUUGAGAGGCUCCAAACUAUCUUGGAUGAUGAAGCUGAAAUGUUUGUGCUCAAGAUGUGGAGAAUGCUUAUUUUUGAGAUCAAGAAGGUAGAGACUGGCCUGACUCCAAAGCCCAGGGCCUGAGUGAAGACGAAUACUAUAACCUCAUAUUAGAGAUGGAAUAAUAAUUGUGAUUUUCAGUAUUUUUACCUUUGAUGCAGUUUCUUAAUAAACCAAAAUGGUGUGUAAUCAAAGAAAAGGAAAACCAUAAUUUUACCAUUA